ACAACAGCAACUGUGUAGUUUAAACAUUUAAGAGGUCUCUUGUCAUGUUUACUUGUUAACGGGUAGCCAUGGCUUCGGAAAACAUAGAAAUGAAUGGAGAUGCCGACAGAACCGGCGGGGGAGAGGUCCCGCUCAGAGGGCGUUGGCGGCACAGGCAGGAGCCUCUGAAUAUGAACCACUAUGCCAAUAAGAAGAGCGCUGCAGAGAGCAUGCUGGAUAUUGCUCUGCUCAUGGCCAACGCCUCACAGCUGAAGGCUGUCCUGGAGCAAGGACCUGAAUUCAGCUUCUACACCCCCCUAAUCGCCAUCAUCAGCCUCUCCCUCAUCCUGCAGAUCAUUGUAGGAAUCCUUCUCAUCUUCAUCGUGAAGUGGAAUCUGAAUGAUGAGAGUAAGCAGUUCAAGUUAAAUGUGCUCGAGAACAUCACCACUGCCCUUGUCUUCAUCAUCGUCGUUAUAAACGUCUUCAUCACGGCAUUCGGAGUUCAGCGGCCCAACCAAAGAGCCUGACCACAGACCACGAACAGGAAGACCAACCUGCCUGCCAUCACACAGGUAGAAGGGAUAGACAGAUGGAAAUAUAGGAAUCUCUGGAAUGAAGAACAGCAAAUCACCUGUACCUGUCUGAAAGGACAGGUACACAAUAGCCUUUACACAACAACACGUAAAGAAUAUCCGAUUAACAGCCAGGGCUCAAUGUCACUGAUGCAGACACUCCUCCAUUCUUCCUGUAUGUCUCUUUAUGUAACCAUGUGGUCCCACUAAGAUGGAGCCAUUUCUCUCAGGAGAGACACGGUCAUUGGGACAGAAUUAGACAGCAGGAAUGGUGUAAUGGUGUAAUGGGAGGUGCCUGCUCAGUCGAGCAGCGAGCAAGUGAGUAUGUGAAUGAGUUCACUGUAAAAUUCAGAUCACAAUUCUGAAGAAAGAUGGUUAACAGCUCACAUGUCUUUUACAUAGCUUUUACCAGGGGUGUAACAAUACUUUGAUUUGCAUCAAUACGUUGAUACAA